AUGAUUACCGCACCGAAUGCGCUGGGGAACGGUCGCCAUCGCCGCCAGAUUUCCACUCCAGCAGCCCCAUACGAGGUCCCCACAUCGGCAAUCAUGCAUCAACGUCGGUCACAUCGUCGAGGCCAAACUAUGGACUACGGGUCGUUCAGUCCACAGGCCUCCGUCGACCGACAAUACAUGCCCAAGACGGUUUCGCAGUUGCGAGACUACUUUAACGAAAAAUCAGGUUACCCCAGUCAACAGCGGGAUGUGCAUCAGUAUCAAUCAUAUGGCCAGCAACCCGAGCAGUCUUACUUCCCACUCGGACUACAUGCGCAGCAGUCUUAUCAAUAUCAACCUCAAGCCGCGCUCGGGACUGAAUGUCAAGCCUUCGAUCAAGAACAACUCCAGGCCAUCCAAGCCGCUAGCCCGGCACCAUCAUCCAUUGGCGCCCCGGCCUUGUCAAGAUCAGCUAGCGAAAGUUCCGAGAACACACCACUGAAGCUCGCUUUGCACCGCAUGCAGCACGAACAAUCCUCGAACCAACAGCACCAGUUCGCCGACCGCCCCGAUUGGGAAUUGUUUCCCCAGCGCAAUGGUUCUGUGUCUCAAAACGAACAUGUGACGGCCUAUGUCGAAUCCAUGCAUCCAGUUUCUGUUCAACCAAAGGCUCCUUCGGCCAAGAUUCUCUCACAGAUCUCUUCUACUUACACAUCCCCGUUGACCCCCGACUCUACUCCAUUAAAAAGAUCCAUUGAUUAUUCUAUGUACAGCAAUGACCCAACACCCUGCAAGUCCCAGAGUUUCUCAUUUCCCUACACUCCUGCUACUUCCGAGAUGCAAAGAACCCAGUCCCUGCAAGAAGUUCCUUUUGUUAGCCCUCUGCAGAUCAAGCAGCAAAUGCCCUCCCCAGCCAAUUCCCCGAUUAGUGCGUCGUUCCCUGAGGUUGCCGACAUCCCCACGCCGAGCCCGUAUGGAGUGACGCCCCAGAAGCCCGUUAUGUCCCUCCCACUUUCCACCCGAGGAGUCAAGAAGCGAGCUUCAUCCUCCGUGUCAUCGACUGUCAUGCCCACAUCACGCGAUGGUGACCUGGAUGCCCGAGUCAAGGCGUCGGUCCAAGAAACAGGCAUCUCGAACGACGAAAUUGCCAAGUUCAUCUCCGGUCCAGACCCCAAGGAUGGCAAGUGGGUCUGUCUCUUCACCGACUGCCUGUGUCGAUUUGGUCGCAAGGAAAACAUCAAAUCUCACGUUCAGACCCAUCUUGGAGACCGUCAAUUCAAGUGCGACAUUUGCGAGAAACACUUUGUACGCGGACAUGAUCUCAAGCGUCAUCUGAAGACACACAGCGGAAACAAGCCCUUUGCGUGCGCCUGUGGUGCUAGCUUUGCCCGACAGGAUGCUUUGACCCGUCACCGUCAGCGCGACAUGUGUGUGGGUGGCUUCACUGGUGUGGUUCCUAAGACGACCAAGCGUGGUCGCCCGCCUAAGAAGAACAAGAACCGACCCGAGCUUGACGAGCGUCAAGCCAAGUCUACUCGUACUCGCCAGCGUGUCGCUGAAAAGGCGACCUCGCUUGCUUCGGCCCCGGCCCGUCCUACUCUCCAGGAUGCCCCUGUGUUCAACUCGCCCAACUAUGCCCCAUCCAGUGCCCUCUCGUCAUUCACGCCUCCUGCCUCGCCAGGUGAAACAUACUACGGCAUGUCCUCGCCCUCUAACGAGUACCAAUCGUUCACAUCCAAGGCCGAAGAUGAUAUGCUGCCAUUGUCACCACCCCAAUUGGCUCACGCUAGAUAUGAGCAGGCGAUGGCUCAGUACGGUUCAAACUUUGGGUCUCAGUCCUACUCGCAAGAAUCUCUUUACAGUGACUCCGCCCUCUCGCCUCGGGAGGUGUCUUCGCCUCACACUGCGCCCACACUGGCCGAGUCAUCUGUCGGCUCAGAGAUUGACAUCUUCAUGUCGCAAGAUCACUCGGACGAUCUUCGGGGGGAGUUCGGCCACCUCGCCAACCCCAGCCUUCCUGUCUUCCCUGGCUAUCAAUUUGUGGACACCAACGACUUCUCUGGUUCGGACUUCUAUCCUGCCAAGUCCUUCUCUGGCCUCACCAACCUCGACGAUGACCUGGAAGACCCAAUUGGAUGCCUGUCAAGCGAGUUCCUUGUUGACCCUUGA